AUGACUGAUAAUAAAAUAUAUUAAACACCUCCUGUAUCUAGUAAAGUAGCAAAAGUAGCUGCUAGCAUAUCUCUUUUAAAAAAUCACAUUAAAUAGAGUAAAAAGCAAAAUAAAUUUUCAGAAGUAACUUAAGAAGCAAAUGUGAUUUUCAAUGAUAGUUUACUGAAAAGCGAAACCUAAUUGAAAGAUACUUCAUAGAAAUAAGUUGAACCAAUAAUUCCUUCUUAUUAAAAUUAUCCAAUAAAAUCUUUAGGGCAACGACCAAUUAUUAGGUUUAUUUAGAAGUCAAAAUAAAUUAUGAAGAUAAAUUAGUUGUACAGACAAAAAUAAUCUAUAGAGUUAAGUGAUCUUUUAACAUUUAAAGUAGAAAACCAUCAGUAAAGAUAAUCAAAUAUUUCAUUAGAAUUUGAUGAAGCUCAAAAAAAAGCAAAUAAAAUUGAUGAUAAAAAUUAAUUUAACGUCAACUCUCCUACUCAUAAUAGAUAUAAUCUAAAAACAGAAGGAUCUUAUAGGUAAUAAAACUCUUUUUCUGUAAAAAAAAAUUUAAUACCAGAAGAUUGGGGUUAUUCUGUCAAAACUGAUUAUGAUGAGACACAAACUAAUGAGUAGCAAUAAUUAGAUUAAAGUACAUUUUAAAGACCAAUUAAAAGCUCUUCAGGUAAAAUAAAUAGUUAAAAUUCUCACAGCUUUAAAUCGCCUGACAAUUAUCAAUUACAUGAAGAUAAGAGUGACAUACUAAUUUCAGAGUGGAAAUAUGAUAGUAAACAAGAUGAAAAAAUGUAUUUGUCUGGAAAAAAAAUAGAUUAAGCUUAAAAUUUAGAAAAUGCUUAAAGCUUGUAAAAGAAUAAUUAUUUUAGCUAGGAUAAUUGCACUAUUACUAAGCAAAAUGCUUAAUUCGGAAAUUAGUAAAAUAGUUAAUAUUCUAUCAGAACUCGCUCUUGUGAAUUUAGAACCAAUAAAUCAAAUAAAAAUAAAUAUAUUUCUCUAUCAAAUGCCCAUCACUCUAGCUAAAAUUAUAAUUAUUCUCUAUCAAAUUUAACAUUUAAUGAAAUUGAUUAAAGUUAAGCUUAAGAAGAAUUGUAAUAAUAGCAAGAAAAAUUAAAAUCUAAUAAAAUAUUUAAAAUAAUAUUAAAUUAAAUUCAUAAGACUAACUUAAAUGAUAAAUCCCAAUCUAAAUUCCCUCAUAGUUAAGAAGAAAUUUCAUUAGAAAGACUAAAUAGUUACAAAGAAAAUGAAUAAAAAUUAUAAAUCAACUAAGACGGCUCUUUUUUUAAGCAAAUAAAAAACAGUUAAAAAAUUCUAAGCAAACUUUAAAAUAAAUCUUCUGACAGUAUUAAUUAGCUAAAAUAGCUAUAAGAUAUUUAAGUUUAAGGCCAAUCCCUUAAACAUCGUCUUGGUGAAGUUAAUUUAGAAAAAAUAAUAAGGACUCUUAAAUAAUAAAAGAAGUAAGGAAAUCAAUUUUUAAUUUUGAAAGGCAAUAAUUUUUCCCCUUAAAAGCAAGAACAAUCAGUAUAGCAGUAAAAUUCUGGUUUUUAAUGCUGGAAAGAUUUUUCAGAACCCAAUUUCUCUUGUAAUUAAUUUAUUCACAUAAACAGUCUAAACAAAAAUCCAAAAGCUUAAGUUAGAGAGGUUGAAGUGUAAAAAAUAUAUUAAAACCAAUAAUGCUCAUCUAAGAGGCAGUGUAACUGUAAGCAUAAUUGUAUACGAGAAGAAGUAUAACAAGAGUAACAUUUAAAUGACCAGCAGAAAACUAUUUCAGUAGGUAAAGAUUCAGAGAAAUCUUAAAAUAACGAAACAUAAAACUUGGUAUUAAAAUCUAGCGUAGUUAAUUUAAAUCCUAAUUCUAACCAUAUAAAUUUUAGAAGACCUGCUAGGAAAGAUAUUUUAACGAAACAAAUUCAAAAGGAAAGCUAUUCUAAAGAAAAUAUUGCUAAUGAUGAUGAUAAAUAAUGCAGUGGAUGGGAUUCUAACUCUGCUUUCAACUAAACUGCAGAGUCAGCAUUUUUAGAAUUUGUAUAAGCAAAUCUAAAAAAAAGAUAAAAUAUAAUAAAUUUAAUUAAAAAUGGGAAGUGA